AUGAUACCGAUGAUUUAUGGCGAAGGUAGCCAGGCCUUCACUCGUCUCCAAGAGCAGAUUAUGAAGAAGACACCGGACGAUUCAAUCCUGGCUUGGGGGCUUUCUACAGACUCAUCUCGCGUGGAGGCACGGACUGGAGACGUCAAUAAGUUUGGAGGAGUUCUAGCGGCCACUCCUGCAGCUUUUCUCGGCAGCGAAACCAUCGUGUUCGGCGGUAACCUAGACGCGACUGGUAUUCUAGGUGGUUUUCUUCACGCCAAACUUGGCCUCUAUACUAGCAAGGAUGAGCAAGCAUUCGGUUUAUUGAACUGUCGGCCGAGAGACAGCACCAAGAAGGUUGUGGGAAUCCCAUUAUGUCGCGUUCAUCCCGGAGAAGAUUCCGACGAAUAUAUUAGGCCGCAGGGUGGCAAAGCCUCCCUGCUAUCAACAUCGAACACCAAGACCUCCAACACGAAUCCGAAGUCUAUGCGCAUUCUAGAAUCUCUUCAAUUUGACGACGAGGUAGCCUUUGACCGAAGACAUGGGUUUUGCAUCGAAACACCCUCCAAGGGAGAGCUUGUGUUGGUCGAUGUGCAACCGCAGGAGAGAUGGGAGAAGAAAAGUUCUUUCAUUCUUACAGGAGCGGAUUUCUCACGAGAUUCAGUGCAGCGAACAUGGUUGAAGUUCCGUCAUGCGGCGUCUUUUUCAGAAGAUUUUGUCAUAGCGCUCGAACUUGAGAUCAAAAGCUGCCAACCAAAAGCUCGGUGCCACGUAAUGACUGUGUCGAGAAAUGCAAUCCUGGACGACAUCACAGGAGAGGCGAGCAUUAGGGAUUAUGUCUUCGGAAACACAAGCGCUCAUACCCAAUUCUUCAAUCUCGAGGCAAAACUCACACAAGAACAACUUGGGGCUCAGCCUGUGUUCAUGGUCAGAUUGUACUCAGUGGACUCCCCUUCAGGCAUUAGUGUUGACGCAAGUCUUGAGCUCUCACUCAUCGACCGCGGCAAACAGCUCAAAAGAUUACUGAAAGAGGACAAACGUAUGCGUCCCAAGCUUCUAGAACUUCCAGAGUCAAUCCGGCAAAAGACAGCCGCGGUAGACGAAACAACAGCAAAGCUCAAAGCAGUGCAAGAGGAACUAGACCGAUUGCAACAGAAGAAGGACGAAUUGUCGGCCCUACUGGAAUCAACUAAUCAAGAACUGGCUUCUCUCGUUGACGCGAACCGAACACUGGCAGAAAGGGAGACGGAAAUAUUCGAUUUCGUAUCAUCAGCUGGAACGCUGCCUCCACAUUGCGGGCAGGAGAGGGCGUCGCAAUGGCUUGAAAGCAUCAUCGACCAUCUUUCAGCCAGCGCACCAAACAAAGAUGCCACAAUCAACGACAUGCCUGACAGGUUUCAACGCACAUUUAUGCAAAAUGUCGCAAAUGGAAAUUUGGCAGCACUGAGGUUUCUUGCAGGAAAUCACAUCAACAUUCGUUGUGAAACGACUAAAGGGAUGGGAACGUUGUCGAUGGCAAUCCUCCGCGGGCACCUUGCUGCAGUAUCUUGGCUUCUUGAUCAGGGGAUCAAUAUUAAUUCGGAAGAUGGCGAGGGAGUCACGCCACUCCUCAGAGCAAUUUCUCAUCGAGACCAAGAAGCUAUUACAUUACUGCUUGAUCGCGGCGCAUCCAUUAACGCUAGAAGCUCCGGGAGAAACCAACGCACACCGUUGGCUAUUGCUGUCAGGAGAAACGACGAGCAUAUUUGCCAACUUCUCAUCGAAAGAGGAGCCGAUGUGGAUAUUGCUGACGAGUUUGGACUCACGCCGCUGGCUCUGGCAGCUCGUGAAGGCUAUUCAGCAAUUCUUCAAAUUCUGAUAAAGAGUAAAGCUGAUAUGGAGCUGCAAGACGAAAAAGGCCUUACACCGGCGUAUCUUGCAGCGCAGCAGGGCCAUCUGUCUAUACUUCCAACGCUGAUAGAGAACGGCGCCAAUAUUGAAGCAAGAGAUCAAAAUGGUCGAACGCUUCUGGCAUAUGCAGCAAGCAAGAACUAUGAGGAAGUGGCAAGGUUGUUACUCGAUCAGAAGGCUCGUAUCGAGGCUUUGGACAACGAAAACCAAACACCUUUGGCACUGGCUGAGCAACUGAAGCACAAAACCAUGACCAGGUUGCUCCUGAACCGCAAGGCCAAUGCCGAAUUUAGGGACAAGCUCGGACGCACGUCUCUUGGAAGAGCUGUGGAAAGAAAAAGCCUAGACACAGUGAAACUCUUGCUCGAUCUCAAGGUCAAUGUCGAGUCCAAAGACAACUCCGGCUACACCGCACUUGCCCUAGCCGCUGAGAGCGGCUACAUAACAAUAUCCAGGACUCUAAUCGAGGGAGGAGCAAAUGUCAAUCCCACAAACCACGCUUCAGAUACACCCCUCAGUCUGGCGGUGAACCAAGGUCACAGAUCGGUUGUUGAGCUUUUGUUGGAUCACUCAGUCGACCUUGAGUUAGCCAACGCACUUGAUGGCUCAACUCCGCUGAUGCAAGCUGUACACAAAGGCUACAAAAAAACGGCAAAACUGUUGCUGGAAAAGGGAGCGAAAGUCAACUCCAAGAACAAAGAUGGCCUGACUCCGCUAUUCAUCGCGAUCGAACAGCAUCGGUCUUCUCUGGUGCCUAUCCUCUUGGAACAUGGCGCUCGCACCGACGUCAAAUCGAAUGAUGGAUUAAACCCCCUGUAUUACGCCAUCAAGCGGAAGGACAAGGAUUCCGUUCGGUUGCUUGUGGACGGAGGAGCGGAUACAUCCAAGCUGAAGAGACUGGCGCCGCCGUUGCAGUAUGCAAAAGACCUCAUCGCUGAUGAGGGCGCUCGCAGCACCUCGAACACAGAUGGAGAGGGUGAGGUUGCGGACUUGAUCAGCAUUGUCAAGAUUCUCCAGAAAUUUGAACCUCUCAAGUCUUCGGGAGAAGCAAAGACGGGCAAGAACGGAAAACAGCCAAGAGGUACCAGAUCUCCUCGACCAAUGAACUGA